AUGGACAACUCCCCGACUGCGCUAUUUGACUCAUAUGAACAGGAUUUCAGACAAAUCAUUGACAGCAUUCGCUUGAAACUUGACGGAGAAGGCAAGGAUGAGCGUGGUGGUACGAUUAUUUGCACAGAACAGCGUAGAGCAGCACUCAGAAGAGUGGAAAUGGAGCUGGAUGAGGCCGACGAAAUGAUAUCGCAAAUGGAAAUAGAAAUACAGGGGAUACCCCAGUCCAUAAAGCCACAGUACCAAAACCGCCUCAAAACCGCCAAGGGAGACCUAGUACGGUUCAAGAAGCUUUCCAAGGAUCUCCAUUCUCAAGUAUCCAGAGCGGAACUUCUUUCAUCUGGCAGAGUGGGCACACCCACAUCAGACGAGCCCUAUGGACCCACUAGUGAUCGUACUCGCCUGCUUGCAGGGACUGCUACUCUCGAUGAUGGUACGAGACGGCUACAAGAAUCACAACGCAUUGCUCUGGAGACGGAAGACCAGGGCGCUGAGAUAUUGAUGAAUCUCAGAACGCAACGCGAGCAAAUCGAGAAUUCCAGAGAUACCCUUCGCACCGCUGACACUGCAAUUGACCGAGCCUCAGGCACUUUGAAGAAGAUGAUUAGACGGAUGUACCAACAACGUGUCGUCACCGCUGCUAUCAUUGUCGUCCUAGUCCUGGUAAUCGCAAUCAUUCUAUGGGAGAAAGUUUUCCGGUAG